UGUGUUAUGUGUGGCUCUUGUUAGAAUUAUGUCUGGACGGAGGCCAGAUCUGGCAGGGGUUGGAUCUGGAGAUCCUAGCGAUUUCUUAGAGGGAUUUAACCGGGAUCUAUAGGGCAGAGAGAGAUUGAAGAAUUGUUAGGUGGUCGAGUUUUGUUUGGCCGAGUGGGAUAUGCGCAGGAAAGUCGAAGAGCUUUUAUGUUUCCCCUCUUAAAGGGUUAUUUCCAGAGAUGGACACAGUGAGACGGAUUUGGAGCAGCGGCCACACCGAUACACAGCUGCUUUUCCUGAUUAAAACAGCAAUACACGUGCAGUGAAUCGCCACUGGACACUAACUUCUUCGAUUAUCCAUUUGGAAACAUAUUUUUUAGAACGUCUGAAGUAGCUGACUGAGGAGGAUUUGGUGUAGCCUACUUCUUGGACAUUUCAGGGUAGUAUUAGACAUUUCAGCUCAGUGGAACAAAAGUCGAGCAAGGCAUUGGUCAUAGCCUACACUUGUCCUUCUGUGUCUCUAAAGUGGACGCAAACAUGACUACUGAGAGCUCACAGCAACAUCUGGUGCCGUCUCAUCCUCUGAGAUGCAGCCCAGCAGCCGGAGUGAUGCACGCCACACCGAUGAGCGCACAGCCAGUGGCGGAGAGCUCAACAAAUGCAUCAACCAAAGGGAAAAAGGGCAACUCUGGCUUGAGGCGACCUGAGAAACCGCCCUAUUCAUACAUCGCCCUUAUUGUGAUGGCUAUCCAAAGCUCCCCGACAAAGACGCUUACUCUGGCAGAAAUAUAUCAGUUCCUUCAGGCCCGUUUCCCGUUCUUUAUGGGGUCUUACCAGGGCUGGAAAAACUCAGUGAGGCACAACCUGUCUUUAAACGAGUGCUUCAUCAAACUGCCUAAGGGCCUCGGCAGACCAGGGAAGGGCCACUACUGGACUAUAGACCCGGGCAGCGAGUUUAUGUUCGAGGAGGGAUCCUUCCGUCGCAGACCUCGCGGAUUCCGUAGGAAAUGCCAAGCUCUGAAACCAAUGUAUCGAAUGAUGAAUGGCAUCGGUUUUGGAGCGUCGAUACUUCCCCAAAACUUUGAUUUCCAGAACCCCUCCGCGUCCUUGGCAUGUCAUGCCAACGGUUACAACCUGGACGUGAUGGGGAACACGGUGCCAGGGAGCUACGACGGGCUGGGUGGAGGGCAUCAUGUCCCUCAUAUGUCACCAAGCCCCGGGUCCACCUACAUGGCGGCUUGUCAGGGGGCGUCUAAUGGAGACUACUGCCCGGACAGCAGUAGUAGCCCUUUGCACACCUCCCCGGCUGCGAUGGCAGUGGGCACUUUGGACUGUCAUUCUCCCUACGCCAGUGCUUCUCCCUACCCCAGUGCCCCCUCACACUGGGCAUCACCUGGUAUGUCUCCAUAUAUCAAGCAGCAAUCCCUGGCCUCAAACAGUCCCACAUCCUCCGCCUUGCACUCCAGCAUGUCCCCAUACUCUCUGGAGCAAAGCUAUCUCCAUCACAACGGAAGGGACUCAUCUGACAUUUCAGUGGGAUUAUCUCGAUACUCAAGCCCUUCAUCGCCAGUGUGUGACAGGAAAGAUUUUUUUUUAAACUUUAACGGAAUUUCUUCGUUUCACCCGGCGACUGCCAGUGGAUCAUACUAUCACCAGCUACAUCACCAUCACCAGAGCGUCUGUCAGGAUGUCAAGCCAUGCAUCAUGUGAAAUAAACGCAAUAAGACCAUUGCCAUCUUGGAUGAAGCUCACAUGAACUACCCUAUAUACAAGCUAUACGCUUAUACCAUUUGUCCCUUGCCAAGUCCGGUACAAAUAUCUAAGACGAAUUAGGGGAAUGUAGGCUAUAUAUACAUAACUCUAUUUGUCUCUGAGAAGGUCUGUGUCACGAAACCAUUCCGGAAAAAGUAAAAACGACUGAGUGCAUGAAGUAAAAAUGGAAAAAAUGCAUGCAUUGCCAUUGCCCAACACGUUGUCAAUCACGGCUCAGACAGCUCGUCCAUGCCAUGAUCUAUUCAGAAGUUAUUGUAUCAUUCAAUAUUGUAGGUUAGUGUGUGAGUACCAGUUAUCGACAUGGAUAAAAUGUCAUAUCCAACCACAUUAAAUGUGUUUACUUAAAAAUACAUGCACAUUCACCCCGGGUUAUCUUUAGCUAUUUGCACUUACAUCUAGACCCCAGAGUUGUUGUUUUUUAAAGAUUUCGCUGUAGGCUACAGCAAGCCAAUAAAUAUAUAUAUUUUAAAACUGU